CCUCCCGGCUCCCGCCCGAGCUGCCGUCCGCCGGCUUGCCGGUGCAGCCGUGAUGCCCCGCAGCCCGACCCUGGCCUGGGUCCCCGGUUCACCGCGUAAUUAGCCUCCGUGCGCCCCGAGCGCGCCGCCACCAACGCCGCGCCCCGAAGCAGUGAUGGGCAACACGGUGCACAGGACCCUGCCAGACUCGAGCCCGCAGGCGCGCCUCCUGGCCACCCGGCCGUGCUGCGGGCCCGGACCUGAGCGGCGCACGAUCCUGGGAGAAGCGCCGCGCUUCCACGCUCAGGCCAAGGGCAAGAACGUACGGCUGGACGGCCACUCGCGACGGGCCACGCGGCGCAACAGCUUCUGCAACGGGGUCACGUUCACGCAGAGGCCCAUCCGGCUGUACGAGCAGGUGCGACUGCGCUUGGUGGCGGUGCGUCCAGGCUGGAGCGGUGCGCUGCGCUUUGGCUUCACGGCGCAUGACCCGUCGCUCAUGAGCGCCCAGGACAUCCCCAAGUAUGCUUGCCCUGACCUGGUCACGCGGCCCGGCUACUGGGCCAAGGCGCUGCCUGAGAACCUGGCGCUGCGCGACACCGUGCUGGCCUACUGGGCUGACCGCCAUGGCCGCGUCUUCUACAGUGUCAACGACGGUGAGCCCGUGCUCUUCCACUGCGGCGUGGCCGUGGGCGGCCCACUCUGGGCGCUCAUCGAUGUCUACGGCAUCACCGAUGAGGUGCAGCUCCUCGAGAGCGCGUUCGCCGACACGCUGCCGCCCGCGCGGCUCAGCCAGGCCCGCUUCAGCGCCUGCCCGCCGCCCAGCAGCCUCGACGCGGCCAACUUCGACAACAACGAGCUGGAGAACAACCAGGUGGUGGCCAAGCUGGGCCACCUGGCGCUGGGCCGCGCCCUCGGUCCGCCGCCCGCCGACGCCGCGGCCUCCGCCAUCCCGUGCGGGCCUCGCGACCGCCCGCGGCCUGCGUCGUCGCCGGCGCUGCUCGAGGCCGACCUGCGCUUCCACGCGACGCGCGGGCCCGACGUGAGCCUUUCCACCGACCGCAAGGUGGCCUGCGCGCCGCGGCCCGACGGCGGCCGCACGCUGGUCUUCUCCGAGCGCCCACUACGGCCUGGCGAGAGCCUCUUCGUGGAGGUGGGCCGCCCGGGGCUGGCGGCGCCCGGCGCGCUGGCCUUCGGCAUCACGUCGUGCGACCCGGGCGGGCUCCGGCCGGCCGAGCUGCCCGCCGACCCCGACGCACUGCUCGACCGCAAGGAGUACUGGGUGGUGGCGCGCGCCGGGCCCGUGCCGAGCGGCGGGGACGCGCUCAGCUUCACGCUGCGGCCCGGCGGCGACGUGCUCCUGGGCGUCAACGGGCGCUCGCGCGGCCGCCUGCUGUGCGUCGACACCACGCAGGCGCUCUGGGCCUUCUUCGCCGUGCGCGGCGGCGCCGCCGGCCAGCUGCGCCUUCUUGGUACCCUGCAGUCCAGCCCUGCGACCACAUCUCCAUCAGGGUCCCUCAGCGGCUCCCAGGAUGAUAGUGAUUCUGAUAUGGCCUUCAGUGUCAACCAGUCAUCUUCAGCAUCAGAGUCAUCCCUGGUGACGGCCCCCAGCUCCCCACUGAGCCCCCCGGUGUCCCCCAUGUUUUCCCCACCGGAGCCGGCAGGCAGCAAGAACGGUGAGUGCACGGUGUGCUUCGAUGGCGAAGUGGACACGGUCAUCUACACGUGUGGACAUAUGUGCCUGUGCCACAGCUGUGGCCUGCGGCUCAAGAGGCAGGCCCGGGCCUGCUGCCCCAUCUGCCGGCGGCCCAUCAAAGAUGUCAUUAAGAUAUAUAGGCCAUAGCCUGGCCCAGUGAUGGGCCACGGCCGGAUCAAGGUCACCUUUCUGAAACCAACCUGGGCUAGGCAACCAACAUGGCCACCAGGGAGUCCAAGGGCGGCAGCAGCCAUCUCAUCUGCCACUCUCCAGUGGUGGGCAAGGCGUGACAGUCAUGGAGACAAGGCCCCCGGGGGGCUUAGCCCGGCCACGGAUUGCUUCUGGCUCAAAAGCCCUUGUCCCCAAAAGGCCAUCCCAAGAGCAAGCUCAGGAACUGCCUGGCAGACCGCCCAUCCUCGGUGACCCCUGGGCUGGGAAACAGCGUCCUCUGUGCAAUGCUUUUUGCUGGGGGUGGGUUGAGUUGUUUGUGUUUAUGUGUGUGAGAGAAGGGGGGGGCAUGUGUGACAGAGAGAGAAUGCAUUGGUAUUUAUCCAGGGAUCCUGGCUCUAGGAGGUUAUUUAACACUAAGGAAUGUGAGACCUGGAGCCCAGACAUUAGCAUGACUAGAAAUUGUUCACUUUCUGGGGCUGUGACGUCAGCUGGUUUUGAAUGUAGGAAGCCUGCGCCUAAAUAGAACUCCCUGGGGUGGUAUAGAAAAGACAGUCAGAUUUUUUUAAGAGGAGAAAAAAAUAGCUCAUUGUUUACAGCUCCAAAGCAGCAACUCCUUGGGGUAGGUGGGAGGAGAACAUAAAAGAACAAUUUGCCUCUACGGUUUCUAACUCCGUCCUGGAGAGUUUUGAUGGGUGCUGCAGCCAGCGGAGAGCUCUGGGCAGUGUCGUCCCAGAAGCCUUUUCACUCCUUCACGCCCAGACAGCCUAAUAAUAAGCACACUGCACUUGACUCCGCUCUUAGAUGCUUUUAAUCUGUACCUACUGCCCCACCAUGUCCAAGGAGGAGACUAGCCACAGGUUCUCUUUUCCUGGGUGAGAGAAAGAAGCCCAGAGGGAGGUGACUCACCUGGAGCUGCAAAGGCCACUGCAAGACGCAGACAACUCUCCACAUUUCCUGUUGUGACACUGGGCCUGCGGGCAUCCCCAGGGCCACCUGUGGGCAAAGUAGGAGGAACCAGGGCUUUGCAACCCAUCUUUGCUCUCAUUUUAAGCUUAUCUUCCCCUGCUGAUUACCAAGAUGUCAACUGAUCAUUAGGAGGUUAACUGGUAACAGAGGCAUUAACUGAAAAUGCCAACAUUGGGAACCCCCCCCCGCUUCCCAGGGCUAUUUGCUAGGCACUUCCUGGGACCCUGGGGCCCUGUCCCCACACCUCCCCCCCUGCCUGGGCCCAUCUCUGCUGACUCGCAGACCCCGCCUGCUCCUCCUUUCUUGCCCCAGUUCUGGUACUCACAUCUGCCCUGUCUUGUGCUGUGCUUUUAGGGAAGUCCCUGGGCCUCUCUGUUUCUCUAUUCCCAGUCUGUCCAAGAGGAAGCCCAGCACCUGCCCUCUCCAGAGCUCUUGGGGGGAUCCCUACAACAUUCUAAAAGGCCUGAGACAGCAUGCAAAGAGCAGGUGUCGUUUUUAUUGAAGUUCCUAAUCUGUUCGUCUGCUGAGGGAGGCAAGCAAUGGAGAAUAUUCAGGGUUUAUGGGUUCAUAUAACGAAUGUUUGCUGGGUGUCUGGGGCCCAGAGGGGCCCUCAUCAGAUCAAGUCCCAUGAGACCAGCCAGUCGUGUCCUUGUGAUGCCCCAGAUCUUAAACCACUUGCUGCUUCUCUGUCUGGAAGUGGCCAGUUUUCUGAUGUCAACUUGAGAAUCCCUACUCUUGCCCCUGCAAGAACCCCUAACUGUUUCUCUUUGCCCUAGUGAAUUUGGGAAACACGCCUACAUUUUAAUUUUGCAGCUGCUGAAUCUUUGUGGGAAGCUCCUGGAACCCCAGCAUUUGCCAAGAUAAGAGUUUGAGAAUCUAGGCAAGCACUUGGUGCCCUGCUGAAUUUCCCCCAUGUGCUGGGUGUGGGCACAAGCCCUGUGUGAGAGGAUUCGUCACCCUCCCCCCGCCCCCCAGGACUGUGGUUCUCCAGGCAACAGCCCCCCGACUGGCCUGAGCCAGUCACAACAAGCUCUGGGGGAGCCAGCUCCUCUCCUACCACUUGACCUUCCUGACUGCCCCCUUGGGUUCCAGCCUGGGUCAUGUACAGACACCACCAGGAAACCAGUGACUAAGGGCCUGGACCAGGGGUGGACCAGGCCAUGCUCCUGGCAACCUGUCACCUGGGACAGAAGGAGCUGGUGGCCUGUUUGACUUGCUCUGCAGCUGCUAUAAAUAGCCUCCCUGUGUCAGAGAGGAAUUAAGGGGGGUGUUUAUCUCCAAAAAACCAGACAUUUCCUGAUGCUGUAAACUGAUUUAUUCAGUGCUGCGUCGGAAUCACUCACAUGGCCCUCUAUGCUCAGUCUCGAGUCGGGGGCAGGAGGAAGAGGAAAGGGAGCCACUCUUACACUGUGUGCCCCGGCGCUGGGCUGGGAGCUGCCUACACGCAUCGCUCCUGUGAGGCAGGUCUUAUUACCGUAUGGAGUCACGUCUAAGACACCACCGAUAUUUUAUGUACCAUUAAGGAAAGAACACUGCCAAUUUUAACUGUCAGAUGCCACAACUAUACAAUUCAUUCCAAUCAGAGGUGUUGAAAUGUGGAAAAAACUGUGUUACUUAGAAUCGAUGAAAUAUGGUAUUAUCCCCAUUAGGCAGGCAAGAGAACUGACGUCCUAGGAGUGAAAUGUCCUAGAGUCACAGAGCAGGAGGUGGCAGGGCUAGGAUUCAAACCCAGGAGUGUGUGGUGUCCAGCUUCAUGCUCUCCACUGCUUGGCCCGACUCCCACAAAGCUUGAGAUUGCCUGAGUUUUCUUCCUUGAAACUCACCUGAGCUGCACUUAGAGCCUGGGCACCUGUGCUGUGUGGAGGGUCCCAGCCCCAGGCUGCGGCCCCUGUGCCACCCACACCCUGGAAGGACAAGUGUCCGUCCUUGCAGUCUCAUCUGCCCAGCGCUCACCUCGUCCCCAUGGAGCUGUGCUAUGUGAGAGCUUGGGUCCAAACCGAGGGCCUCCUGUUCCCCGGGGCACCCGUGUGGGACCGCUUUGGGGAGGGGCCGAAGACCUUGUCCCACCACCUUCCUGGGCCUCGUGACCACCACCCCCUCAAGCAGGGCCUACAGGGCUGGGCCAGGGGACGCCAGGGGACGCCCCAUAUUGUGCCUGUUCAUUUUGAAUCACCAGAAAAACUGGACUGAUUCCAAAUCAAAACAAGCUCCUUUUCCUAGUCCAUUCCCAGAAUUGGGAAACUUCUGGGAUUUAGCUUCCCUGGGGCAGCUGCUUGCCUAACUACAGCAUCACUUUUUCAGCCAUUCAACACCCACUGCUCAGCACGGCCUGUGGUCUGGACACAGGUUUGGGAACUGGGGCUAAUGAUGCAGCCCGCAGGGAGCUCGUGGUCCAGAGCGGGAGAUGGACACAUUUGUAAACUUUGAUCCCUCUGGUGUCGGGUUCUGUGCUAGCACAUAGUAGGUACUCUUUACAUGUUUGCUUAACAAAUCAGAAAUCCAUUCAGAAGUGUUCAGAGGUUUGAUAAAACACAUGCACAUAGUCAUUCAGCAAACAUCUGCUGAGUGCCUACUAGGUGUGGGAUGCUGGGAGGAAGACACCGAGAGGACAGUGCCCUAGGUCUGACGCCAGAUAUAGAGACAUUAAGAGGGUAAUGUAACAUCAGGGGCAGAAUCCACUGGGCCUUCUUGGCCAUCCUGUUGCCCCGGGGAGUCUACCUUGGUGAAUGCACAAUGACUGCAUUCUGGGCCCAGAGCCUCCUGCUCGCUUCGCAAAGCCUCCUGUGCAUUAGAAAUGCCAGGCACCUUGCAGUAGGUGAGCUGCUGCCAAACGGCCUUGGGCAGAAUCCCCAAAGUCCCCACUAACUGAUGACCACUCUCAGGUCCUGCCAGAAAGACGUGGGGAGAUGGCUACCUGCUACUUUCAGGCUGGAAAUCAAUUCCUACGUCCCUGAAGCACCCCCAGCGAGCUCCGGUUGAGAAGGGGAUUAGGCAGAGUCUUGGAGAUGAGGCAGUAACCCCCCACUACUAGAUUCCAUCUCUGCCCCAGUUCCAGCAGAGGGACACCGGCUCAGGAACACGUGGCCACCUGGCAUUUCUCGGUAUUUAAUUGUCUCACUGUCUUUUCCAAGUCCCUAAUGAAAUGACUCGUGCAACAAUGUCUGUGCCUUAUGAAAGUGUCUGUGCACUUUUUAUCCUUUUUAAAAACUUUCAAAAGUGGGCAGGGGACUAGCAUACAUUGUAUGUUCUAGAAAUUGUGAUAAUCAUUGAAAUCCUUCUGCAUUAUGUUUCUGAUGUUGGAGUGAUGAAGUAUCUGUCCCCCACUCCCCACUACCUGUGUACAGACCUUUUAAAAAAUGUCUUCUUUUAUUAUUUUUCUGAUUCAAUACUGUGACCUCUCCAAUAAGUCAAAUCUUUGGGGAUCUGUAAUAGAGGUUUUGAAACUUGGGGCAACUGGGUUGGGAAGGGUUUGCACUGGUCCUGUGUGUUGUGCUUUUGUGUGUUGUGUGUUUUGAGUUUUUGUCUGUUUUUAUCUGUUUUAUAUUAACAUAAUUUUC